AGUCAUUAUCUCCUCACCCUCAUGCUGGUUUAUUAGUUCUCAUAUUAAGUCAGACUUUGAUAUUCCACCCAAACUAAGCCUGAGCUUCUCUUUUCUCUUUGGGAAAUCCCCCUCCUCAUUGUACAGACUUUCUGAACGUUUAUGUGCAUUGAAACUGAUUUUAUUGGCAGCCUCUUUUGACGCUUUGUUUUUGUGGAGAGGCGUGAAGCUGAUGAAGGUCAUGCAGACAGAUUUAAUGUGGUCUUUCUCACAGUAUUAUCACUUCCAUAAAACUUUGAGCCGUUGGCUGACGUCAGUUAGUUUUCCUUCAGUGUUCACGAUGAAACCUCCUGUUCACCAGUUGUGACUCUCACUCUGUCUUCCAGGCUGGAGGAUGCAAAUCUGUUUUUUCCUUUUCGUGUCAUGUCGUUUUUUCACUUUCCCCCUGCAGCUCCCGCGGGUCAUUCCAUGGGAACAGAAACUUUUCCUGCGGCCCUGGGAGAAAUUCAGCUAUUUUAGGAAAACACGUCACUGCUUUGAGCUGCAGCCCAGAAACUCUCCCUUCUUUCCAUCUUGCACAUUUCCUUUUUGAAUCCCCUUUACUUGUUGCACAGCGCAGUGGCACAGUGUUUACCUUCCACAGUCUGAAACCGACUCUCUCCUUAUUUCAUAGGAAAACAAAGCUCUUUGUGCGCCUCGCCUGUCACGGCUGCAGCACAGCACCAACACGGCACAUCUCACACGUCGUGCCCAACUUGUGGAGCAGCUCGGCAGCGCUCAGGGCUGCUGUGGGAAACGCUGCGGCGUGACACUGCAGAGCCUCUUUAGUGUGUCCGUGCCCUUCAUGCGUGUGUCUCUUGGGGAUGAAACGAUGUGUAGACGGAGGAAGACAAAACCCUGAGCCACAGGUAUUCAUGUAGGAUCAAAUCAUGAAUGGGAAAAGACGUUUUUCCCCCCUUUGCAUGAAAAUCGCAUGUUUUUGCAUGAAAUUUCUUUCCAAACGCGCAUGUACGCCAUUAAACUGCUUCCAUUCAUAAAUACGCGUUCAUAUUUGAAAAUAUCACAUCACCAUGAGCAACAGCUCAAGUGAUAACCUUGAGACUCAUGGAGACAACAGGUUCAUUACGCACGACACUUUGUGUGCACGCAAAGUCACCAAAUCGCUGAGAUUUCCUGCUGAAAUCGACUGAAUUGUGUGCGUGUUUGUUCCUGAGUAGCUGGAUCACGUUCAUUAUGAGCAUAUGUGCGUGCAUGUGUGUUUUUAUUGCCCCCCCAGUGAGAGAGCGUGCGCACACACGUCAGAUCGGGGAGGGCAAAGCCUGCUUAAGAUGCAGCGAAUGUGACAGCCGAGCCGACAGUCCAGACUACAGCAGCGCGUGGACCGGAAAGGUGAGCGUGGUGGAGGUGGUGGAGGUGGGGGCCACAAAAAUGCCAGCGGAACCAGCUCACCCGCAGACGUGACGCCGACACACCAGCAGAGAGAGAGAGACGUGCCGAGACGCUCAGCUCGUUUCCAAAACGCGCCGGGGCGUCGGAGGGGGAACAGAGAGGACUGAGGAGCGGGAAGCGUCGCCCUUGUCUGGGGGGGAAACAUGACAGUGGUGCCCGGAGAGAACCUGGACGAGACUGUGGCACUGGCCGCGCUGUCAGCCCAGGAUGUGUACGACCCAGAGAGAGUCGAGAACCAGGAGUGCUGCGAGCGGGUGGUCAUCAACAUCUCCGGGCUGCGCUUCGAGACGCAGCUGAAGACGCUCGCCCAGUUCCCCUGCACCCUGCUGGGGGACCCGCGCAAGAGGAUGCGCUUCUUCGACCCGCUGAGGAACGAGUAUUUCUUCGACAGGAACAGACCCAGCUUCGAUGCCAUCCUCUACUACUACCAGUCCGGGGGCAGACUCCGGAGACCCGUCAACGUGCCCGUGGACAUUUUCAUGGAGGAGAUUAAAUUCUACGAACUGGGGGAGGAGGUGAUCGAGAAUUUUAAGGAGGAUGAGGGCUUUAUUAAGGAGGAAGAGCGCCCGCUGCCUGAGAACGAGUUCCAGCGACAGGUUUGGCUCCUGUUCGAGUACCCGGAGAGCUCGGGACCCGCCAGGGGGAUCGCCAUAGUUUCCGUGCUGGUUAUUCUCAUCUCCAUCGUGAUCUUCUGCUUGGAGACUUUGCCCGAGUUCAGGGAGGAAGCCAGAACGUUUGACGAGCGGCUGGUGGUGAACGGAACCGCGCACGCAAAGAAGCCAAACCCGUUCACAGACCCGUUUUUCAUCGUGGAGACGCUCUGCAUUAUCUGGUUCUCGUUCGAGCUGCUAGUCAGGUUCCUCGCCUGCCCGAGCAAGCCCGCUUUCUUUAAGAACAUCAUGAACACCAUCGAUAUCGUGGCCAUCAUGCCCUACUUCAUCACUCUGGGACUGGAGCUGGCGGAGCACCAGGGGAACGGACAGCAGGCCAUGUCCCUGGCCAUCCUCAGGGUCAUCCGCCUGGUCCGGGUCUUCCGGAUCUUCAAGCUCUCCAGGCACUCCAAAGGUCUCCAGAUCCUCGGGAAGACCCUGCAGGCCAGCAUGAGGGAGCUGGGACUGCUUAUAUUCUUCCUCUUCAUCGGAGUCAUCCUUUUCUCCAGCGCGGUGUACUUCGCGGAGACGGACGACCCGGAGUCGGGCUUCAGCAGCAUCCCGGACGCGUUCUGGUGGGCUGUGGUGUCUAUGACCACAGUGGGCUACGGGGACAUGUGCCCCGUCACCAUCGGGGGUAAAAUCGUGGGCUCUCUGUGCGCCAUCGCCGGAGUGUUAACCAUCGCGCUGCCGGUGCCCGUCAUCGUCUCCAACUUCAACUACUUCUACCACCGGGAGACCGAGCACGAGGAGCAGUUCCAGUACACGCACGUGACCUGCGGCCAGCAGCAGCCGCCGUUUGGAGAGUUCAAGAAGAGCGACAGCAAGCCGUCCCUGUCCAAGUCCGACUACCUGGACAGCGACGACGCGGACUCCAUCAAGUACACCAACUGCAGUCCGCACAAAGCCUACACCGGGAAGCUCACCGACGUUUGAGCCAAAGUUAGACCUGCGCUCUGGUUUGAGUUUAGACUGGCGAGCUCCUUAUUUCAUCAACGGGAUUCAUUAAAGUCACGGAUGGACUCUAAAGAAGUCACCUUUUCUCCCCCUGAAACAGUCUUCCAUUACGCGCCACGAGCGGGGGGAAGGCCGAAGUUUAGCAGCGAUCAGCCUGUAGCCAGCUGUAGCACUUUAAUGUUCAUGUUUCUCUUAGUAAAAACGGAACUGACACACACGUUAAUGCAGGUUUAAAGUUUACAUUCGCUUUUCUGUCCACCUGAAGAAGACACACGACGCAGGACCAAUGGAAUCUAAAUUUACAGAGUGAUGCAGGGGGCACGUGGUGGCUCUUUUUAUUAUGAUCUCACACACACACCUGUUAUUUCACCCUCAUGUAUUUUCCAUUCAGGCUGGAUGGAGCGCAGUGAUGGAUCACAUGACGUUCAGCAGACUCAAUGAUCCUAAAAUGAAACGAUGCCAGAGCUUAUUUGAGCCUCUGCUCUAAAAGCAGGCUUCAGAGCGAGACGAAAAUCACGCACCCUGUUGUUGACAUGCAGAUUUCACUGUUUCAGGCUUCAGGGGGUUAAAUCCUCCACGGCAGCCUCUUUGGAAAAGUAUUAUGAAAUCAGGAGCAGCUUUUUCCGAACCCAGAGCGUCCCCUUGUGGAUGAAACGGGGCCCUGCAUCUCUUCACUGGAUGCAGUUUCUAUAGCAACCGUCCAGACUUUUCUGUAUUGUCUGCCACAGGAGUGAAAGGAUGCUGAAGCUGUGGAGACGAGGCUCAGCGAGGCCACAAAACCACCAUGUUGUGGAAGCCUCCAUGUUGUCUGAUUUCACCAGCUGAAGCUAACACAUUCAGGCUUUGAGCAGGAAAUCAGACGUACGAACCCAACAUCCGGAUGUUUGACCUGCUGUCCUGCACCUGAGCCACACAACCAAUACGAUCCAUGCAGACGGUCCAAACCAGACAUUAUUCUGAUUAUCUGCUAGUUAAAAUAAGCUGACAAUAACAACAAGAAAAAAAAUGUCCCGAAGCAGGAUAUUUUAGUGUUUGAUUUUUUUAAACUGAAAAUGACAGGAGUAAAUGUUCAAAUCAAAGCUCACUGGAAUUAAUAAAAUAUUUUAAACAACAAACUAAGUCUUAAAAUAAAAAAAUAGAUCAAUACGUAAAAUACACAUCCUGCCUUCAGACAGUUAUGGAAUAUUCCACUUCCACACAUUCACUGGCAUUUAAAUUCCAGCUUUAGAUAUUCACUAACCUGUAAAAUGCGUAUUAUUUUGGCCCCCACACUGAAUGCUGACACUGACCUCACUGUGAUCGGCCUGCUCGUGUCAGUCGAGCUCUGACCUUUGAACUUCAGAAAGUUUUUACUGAUUAGCCUCAACAGAUCAAAUACUCCAGCACUCUCCCUGAUGCUUGUUAGAUUAGAAACUCUAGAGUUUACUGUGCAGUCGAACACACCUGCUGGGUUUAUUUCCAUGGUUAGCUCUAGUCAUUGUAGCACCUUCCUCGUGUAGACUCCAGGGACGAAUCAUUUAACCAAAUCUGAUGGGGAAUUUUCACCAGACUGACGGAAUAAAAACGACCCCAGCAGAAAUUUCCAAAGUGAAGGUCACAUGUUUGCCAUCCUGUUGGUUGGAUUAUCAGCUGAUGGAUUGAUGCACGGAGGAAAGAUGGAGUUUAACUGCUGAAUCAUCAACACGCAGACAGACAGACGGACGGGCGGACGACUCCUCAGCUCGGCGACCAACGGAUUCUCAGCACCACAGUCACACAGAGAGGGGAAGAACGAUGAACCGCUCCUCCAGCUUGCCUCCCCUUCACUGCGCCUUGUCAAACCAGAAGAGGACGACAUCCCUGCUUCGCCCGCACCUCCUCUUCCCCACAAAACUCUGGAUAAAAACACUCACAGGAAACGUGGAGCUUUGAGAUGUCUUUCCAUUACAAGAGGACAUCCUGUCUGUCUUAUGCACAGAGCAGAGCUGCAGCAGGACUCUGAGGUACGACAAACGUUACUUGAAUCAUCAGCUACAUGUAUUUACAAGAUGUCUGCUGGCUCACGGAGUCCUCCAAACCUUCAUGAGUAGAUGUUAUUCGGAAGUUUGCUCCUCCUGCUGUAGAGAAAAAGAACUUGUAAGUCCUGUCUGUACAUUGCAUAUCAUAUUCAAACCAAAACAUAUUAUUGCAUGCUUGGAAAGUAGAGCAUGUAAACAGAAGAAACAAGUUUGACUUUUGUGUUGACGGCUCAACUCAGCACCACUAAUCUGUAAUAUGGGAACAACAACAACAACAACAACAGCUCAUCGAUGUCGAGUUCAUUAAGUAAUUCUGUUCGACUGGUGGGGUUAGUCGCCAAAUCUCUAUUUUUUAAAGUACCAUACUGUAUAUGUUUUAUAUGGAGAGGAAUCGGUUAACCUCGUGAAUUAUUUUGUAGUUUUUUAACAUUUUUGCUAAUGUGUUUUAGUCAUUUCCUUUUUGAUCAUUUUUGCUCCAGUGGGCAGCUCGGAUGAAAAUGUCUGCCUGCCAAAAAAAAAAAAAAAAACACUUUACAAAAAGAACAAAACUGCCCCUAUAAGAGGAAUGUUUUUGUGGAAAAUUUCACAAAAGACGGCUGAAAUGCAUUUAUCGCAGACAUUUGACAUCUGAUUUUUUUUGAAUAAUUUUGAAUGUUUCUGAUUGUGUUUGAGGUUUGAUCAAAAUGCUGUAUAUCUGUUAUAUCUAUAACAUCUACCUCAGUGUCCACUCAUCAACGACAGAAGCUUUAACACCUGCAUGGCGCAGGUGUCCCCCGUCGCCCAACACUGUCAUCACACCCACAUUCAGUUUUUAGAUGCUUCUUUAAUUAUCUGAUGAAAUUGAAUUGACCCGAAUGCUCUAUAAACUGCCAUCUAAUAACUUAGAGUCAGAAAAAUUGUAAAGAUCCUAGAAGAAAUGCAUACCAAACCAUAUGAACUAGGGAUAAAUAUACAGUAUAUGCAGAGUUGGCCUUUAGUGUUGAUUCAAGGGAAAUAACGUACUGCAGAGUUUUCCUGUCAGGAAUAAAUGGAGCUGGUCAGCCUGUCUUAAAAACAUAAAAGAGUUUAGCAGGGAAAUGUUCUGUCAGCUGAUGAUCUAAAAUGCAGUUUUCUAUCCAAACGAUAACCCUGGGAGUCUGGUUAAAUGCCUCAAAAUUUCAGACACAAAAUUGGUGACAUUUAUAUAAAAAAUCAAAAAAUUUGUUCUUCUGAUGUUCUUAUAGGCGAGAAGACUGAUGUCAGUUUAAUCUCCAGUUCACAGACAGUUUCAAUAAGUGUUUAGCUUAGCUUAGCACAAAAGCAGGAUGCAAGGGAAAACUGCUAACCUGAAUUUAAAAUUCCUGAUAACUUCAAACAACCUAAACAUGGCACUGAAAGCAGCUACAUUGUCUAAUGUUAUGGUGGUUGUUUGUAGCUAACCUGUGUAAUAAGACUCCUUUAGCCUAGCUUAGCAAAAUGACUAGAAACAGAGGGAAACUGUUAGCCAUGUAUAAAUUCACCUUCCAAAAACUCAUAAGCUGUCUGCUUAUUAUGUUACAUUUUUUAUAGACCUUAAAGUGUAAAAGCAAGACAUUGUGGUGUAGGAGUAGUUAGCAUUGAAGCUACUAAUUGACCAACAACUGCUAGCAUCCCAAAGGUCCUGUCUUACUCUUAUUCCCACAACACACUGUGGUUGUUUUCUUGGCUAAGCUAACAGUUUUCUCCUGCUUCUAGCCUUUGUGCUAAGCUUGGCUAAAUGCACCCUUUUUCGGUGCUUCUCAUCCAAAAUAUUGAACUUACUGCUAUCCUCAUCGGACAACUUUGGUACGACUCUGUGAAGACCUUCAGCAAACUGCCAGCCUCAACUCUGCACUUUGUUAAUUCUGCUUUGCUUAGACAUAAAAACAGCCGAGGGUGAUUUCUGUUUGACGGAGGCACUGAUGAGCUGUGACCAGGCGUUAGUUAUGAUGAUUAAUGUAUUCUGCAUACAGUAUGUGCAACAAGAUUAAGAUAACGUUUCCCAUACGAGUGCAGCAAUGUCCUUAUGACAAACAUAUGACCUGUUCAGAUAUUUAACCAUAAUCACGUGAUAUUCACCACAUGUAACAUCCGUUGUCUUGAAAGACAUUUUCAUGCUUCAUUUUCAACUGCAGACUUCAGUUCAGGUUCGUCACAAAAUUCAUUUUCAUGCAAAAAUAACACAAAGCAAUAGUGUGAGUGAUACUGUGCUCUGGGAACUUCAGUGUGCAAGAAAAUGCUUUUUGGUUUCUAUUUUCAGUUUUUUUAAUUUCUAGUUAUUGUUGCCAUGUUUUUUUUGACAAUCUUCAAUUGUGAUCUAUUUUUGAUAAAAUAAAUCUUUGAUCCUGAUCAGUAUCGAUCUUCAUGUGUUUUCAGAUGACUGCACAUGCAGAUGUGUCAUUUUGUUCCUUGCUGGCUUUUUGUGUGCCAUAGAUAUGUUCACAAGGCAAGGCUGAGUUUGAACUUUGUGCCUGUGGUGUGUGUGAAUGUGUAUGUUGUCACUGGGAUGAAACACCAUCACAUCUGUAUUUCAUCCACCCUGUGGUCCCCCUAUGAAUUGGUUACUGGAGAGGAAGGGACAGAUGGAACUGGUCGCCAACUGCUACAACUACAUAUGUGCUCUGUACCUCAGUCAUCCAGUGUUGUCCCUCGAGGAAAGCAAAGGCAGAAACCAACAGCCACAGCCUAAUGCAGCCACAACACAAGUUUCAUUCACUCUCAUGUCGUCAUCAGUGGCUUCCAGCAGUCAGAGAGAAGGAAUCAUAGACUCGUGAUCUAAAUGUUUUUCAUGUUUUGUGUGCUUCCAAAUGCUGAAUGCUGAAAGAUAACGGUGUUGUUUCAAGGGACGUUGCUGCCACAAACAGUUUGGGGCAACACAGUGAUUCACUAUAAAUUCAUGAGCUUGAAAAAAAAACAAAAAACAAAACAAACAAAAAACAAACAAACUACAAAAUACAAUGCUGAUACUACACUAUAUAGAUAAAAAUAUAGGGAUACCUGUCCAUUACACCCAUGGGGACUUUGGUGACAUCCCAUUCUAAGUGCAUGGAUAUUGGAGAAGAGUUUGUCCCUCCUUUGCGGUUGUGGAAGCUUCCACUUGCUUGUGGUCUCUGUUCUGGUUUGCGUUGGAUGGCGUUGAGGUCAGGACUCCGUGUGGGCCAGUCAAGUUCUUCCACACCAAACUCAUCCAACCAUGUCUUUAUGGAGCUUUGCUUUGUGCACUGGGGCACAGUCAUGCUGGAAUAGAAAAGGGCCUUCAACAAACUGUUGCCACAAAGUUGGAAGCAUAGCAUUGUCCAAAAUGUCUUGGUAUGCUGAAGCAUUAAGAUUUCCCUUCACUGGAAGUCAGGGGCCGAGCCCAAAC